GAAUCUAACAAACGAUUAUACUACACAUAACAGUCGUCUCUCUUAUAGUAGCAUAUAAAAAGUCGUCUCGCAUUCAAACAAAAACGUCUGGACUGACUCCUAAACGUGCACCAUAAUUCUACAACUGCGUGGUAUUUGUAGACUUGAAUGGAGGUUGAAACGAAUAGCAUUCCAAGUUUCGAUAUCAACUCCACCGCAAGGCCAUUCUGUACACAAUCUGCAGGCUCUGAGUUGAUGGAAACCAAAGUGCUCAACUCAAAGUGUGAUGAUAAUGAGUCGUGUAGUGAGUCUGCGGCCAUGAGGGUGCAGAAAUACUAUAGGGGUUAUCGUACUCGCCGCUUGCUUGCUGAUACUGCUGUUGCUGCCGAGGAAUUCUGGUGGCAGGCAAUUGAUUUUGCGAGGCUGAAUCACAGCACGAUUUCUUUCUUCAAUUUCUCCAAGCCAGAGACAGCGGCUUCGAGGUGGAACCGAGUCUCUCUAAAUGCUUCCAAGGUGGGUCAGGGUUUGUCCGUAGAUGCUAAAGCACAAAAACUGGCACUUCAGCAUUGGAUUGAAGCUAUUGAUCCGAGACACCGAUAUGGGCAUAGCUUGCAUCUGUAUUACGAGGAGUGGUGUAAAGCUGAUGCAGGCCAACCAUUUUUCUACUGGUUAGAUAUUGGGGAUGGCAAAGAUGUUGAUCUUCCAAAAUGCCCCAGAUCGAAGCUUCGCCAACAAUGCAUCAAGUACCUUGGAACUCAAGAGAGGGAACACUAUGAAUAUGUUGUUGUUAAGGGAAAAAUAGUGCAUCAACAGACUGGAAUUUUUUUAGAUACAAAUAACGGAUUGCCUGGGGCAAAAUGGAUAUUUGUGAUGAGUACCUAUCAGAAGCUCUAUGCUGGAGAGAAAAAGAAAGGAGGUUUUCAUCAUUCAAGCUUCCUCGCUGGAGGGGCUACUUUAGCUGCUGGAAGGCUUGUGGUAAAUAAUGGAACACUUAAGUCUAUCUCGGCAUACAGUGGACAUUACCGGCCAACUGAUGAAAGGCUCGACAGUUUACUGUCGUUCCUCAAGGAUAAUGGAGUCAACCUUGAUGAAGUUGAAAUACGCAAAGCAAGUGAAGAUGCUGAAAAUAAUGACGAAGGAAAAUUAAGUAGAGAUGGUAGUAUUGAAGAUACAACCUCAGAGUCCCUCCAACCCCAUAAUAUCCCCAGUUUGGCGGAUACGGUUCCAGUACAUGAAGAAACUGAAGUGUUUGAAGCGAAAAAUAAUUACAGAAGAACUCUCUCCGGUGGUCUUCAGAGUCCUAGAGCUGAUGUACCGAAGAAAGCAAUACUGGAAAGAAUCAAUUCCAAGAAAGCUGCAAAGUCAUAUCAGUUGGGACACCAACUCACACUGAAAUGGUCGACAGGCGCUGGCCCGAGAAUUGGCUGCAUUGCUGACUAUCCUGCAGAACUAAGGUUACAGGCCCUGGAGUUCACUAGCCUAUCUCCAAAGUCCUCAUCAACACCACCAAUCUAUAGGCGAAAAGAUUCUCCCGCUUCACCCUUGGCCUCUCCUUCACAACUCACAAAUCAUGAAGAUGUAAAUUACAUCAUGUAAUUGUAAACUUAUUAGAAAGCGAUGUCAAAGUCCCAUAGAACUCUUAUCCCAUAGAACUCUUAUCCUAAAGCAGGCAAUGAGGAAAUCUUCCCUAGUCUAAAAGCGAAACAGUGUUCUUUUUUCCCAAUACAAGUAUUAAAAUAAUCUCCUCUGCUGGAGAAGGUGACAGUG